GCAGUGUGGUGUGGUGUGGUCUGGGCGAACAUGGUGUCUGGUGACAGCGUCCCCAUGUGGCGUCCGCGUCGUGUCUGUGUUUCUUGAAACUGAAACCUCAAUCUUAUGGUUUCAGUAAUGGAUUAGGGCAUUGUGUGACUGCUCCAAGAACCUUUCUUUUUGCGUUAUGUUUGGUGUAUCCUUACCUGAUUAUUUUUUUGCGUGCGCUACCAAGGUGAAAUUCGUGCCCAACGCCAACCGCAUCCUCCUAGCUGUGUGGCUCAUCAGCAGUUUUAUCAUCAUUAAUUUAUUCAACGGUGUGGCGAAGGCGACGCUCAUGGCCAAGUCAGACGUUACCAGAGUCGAGUCUGUGGACGACAUCCUCAAGUAUCCAAAGCUCCGGCCCAUUACCAUAAUGCUGUCUCCCUUCACCACAAUGCUACAGAUAUCUUCAUUGCCCGUUCAUCAGAAACUGUAUCGCCGUAUGGUAGAAAUGAGAGGAGAACUGGAGGUCUCAGAAGUUUUCAGCCGCUCCACCUUAGAAGACGUGGUGCAGCAGAAGGCAGUGAUCAUCGCGGAUGGACUCACCAGCCGCGUGCAACUGUCCCUUUUCUGCAAUUCCUUGAACGGUUUCUUCCACGUAGGCAGCGAACCCCUGAAGCACGUCCGUUCCGUCUAUUACGCCCGCAAAGACCUUAACAGCAGCUUCAUGGAGAAGUACAACAUGAGGAUCCGAUGGCUCGUACAGCAACCGCUGCCAUUCCUGCGGGCAGAAGAACUAUUUCCUAAGGGGUCCACGUGCUUUCUGGACAGCUAUAGUCUCGACCGAACUAGUUCAUACCAAGCCCUUCGCAUGGAAGACAUGCACACGGCAUUUAUUGUGCUUGGUUUCCUCUACAUAGUUUCUUUCCUGUUCUUCGGCGUAGAGGUUACAUAUUUUUAUGCUGAACGUAUCUUGACAAAAUGGAAACAUUAAAUUGGCCGGUGCGGUUCGUCCACUAUGCCAUCAUCGGCGGCGCCAGAUAUUGCACCAUUCACUGUGACGUUUCUAUGGAAAGCUGAGUCGACAAAGAACCUGCACGUCCGUGAAGAAUCCCAUGAAUAGAAGCACAAAGUUGUUAAGUUUUCUAGUGACCGAAUCUAUUGUGUCUUUCCGUUCACUGAAGCCGUGGGAAGGGAACCUCCCUCUUCUUUUUGAGAGUAUUUCGAACACGAUGAUCAGAGUGGCAUUUGUUAACCAGUAAAUAUCUACAAUAUACAUAGGGUCAUGCAAUGUAUGCUUCUUACACACAUAGGGAAAUAUGUAAUUCGUAGACUCAAAUGUGCGCACGAAUGUGGGAGAUGUGUAGCAUCAUGUCCUAGUGAUGCUAUGAGAGGCGUUGUCGUGUCUUCAGCUGGACU